AUGUCUGGUCCUCCCGCUGGCAACCAGCUCAACAUUGAUCGCUAUGUCGUGAUUCACGUCGCAACUACCUGCGAUGAGCACGGCGUCUACGUCACCAAGGACUCCGCCGAGGUUAUCGAGCUUGGAUGGAUCCUGCUUGAUGCGAAGUCUCUUGAGGAGAUCACCCGCGAGAGCGUUCUUGUCAAACCCAUCAACACUCCGAUCACACCCUUGUGCACGAGCCUGACGACUUUGACUUGGGAACAUGUGCGUAAUGCUGGAACCUUCCGAGAUGCCAUUAACCGAUUCGACACCUUUGCGAAUGAGCAUUUGACCUCGCAAAAUCUCGAUUUCGUCUUCGUCACCCUCGAUGCUUGGGACCUUCGCGUCCAACUGCCCCGAGAAGCCCGAGACAAGGCCGUUGUCCUGCCUCCAUACCUUCAGCACUCCCGUACUUUCGAUUUGAGAACUGAGUACCAGAGAUGGCAGCAACACCAUCCCGAAUCGCUGCCUUUUGGGCCCUCAAUGCUGUCCAAUAUCUGUGCCGCCUUGGAGGUGGAGCCGGUCCAGUCUAGUGCUCCAAUCAAGCACAACCUGCCUUUCCACCUUCAGGCGUUGGCUCCUGCCUCCCCUCGCCGUGCCAUGGAGGAGGCCGUCACUCUGGCUCGCGUCCUUCGAGGUCUGAUUCGCAAGUCGCAGCCCUCCCACGAGCAUCCCGAUGUUUUGACUCGGCCGAUGGACGCGCGCGCCGAUGUGCGUGCUUUCCUGUCCGAAAGAAGCAAGGUCCUCCACAUGUCUGGCUUGCCUCACGAUACGACUCAAUCCGAGCUCGAGAGCUGGUUCACCCAGUUUGGUGGUCGCCCUAUUGCGUUUUGGACUCUCCGAACCCCCGAGCAGCACAAGCCUACCGGCAGCGGUUUUGCUGUCUUUUCUUCUCACGAAGAGGCCGCUGAAAGUCUAUGCAUGAACGGUCGCGCCCUUAACGAGAAGGCGAUCGAGGUGUCCCCUUCUUCCAGCCGUGUGCUUGACCGUGCCGCCGAGAUUCUGACGCCGUUCCCUCCAAGCAAGAACCGUCCUCGUCCCGGCGACUGGACCUGCCCUUCGUGUGGCUUCUCCAACUUCCAGCGACGUACCGCCUGCUUCCGUUGCUCAUUCCCUGCUGUCAGCGCCGGUCCUACUGGUGACAUGGGCUAUGGCUAUGGAUAUGGACCACCGGCCAUGAUGCCUCCUCCCCAGCACCACCACGGACACAUGGGUCACGGCGGUGGCCGUAUGGGCGGCAGCGGUGUCGUUCCCUUCCGCGCCGGAGACUGGAAGUGCGGUAAUGAGGUUUGCGGUUACCACAACUUUGCUAAGAACGUUUGCUGUCUGCGUUGCGGUGCCAGCCGUGCUGGCGCUGCCGUUGUCGCGGACUCUGGUGGUUACCCUUCCCCCAUGGACCCUCCCUCCAACUACAGCAUGAGCCAGGGCUCUAUGAGCGGCACCCCUGGUCCUGGCCCCUUCGCCUCGGCUGGUGGUGGCUUCGCCUCUGGUGGCGGCUACGGUGGCCAGCAUUUCGGUGGCCCUCCCAGCACUUAUGCCCUUCCCUCGGGUAUCGGCGGCGGCGCUGCCCCCUACCCGUCUCUCAACACUCACUUUGGACCGGCCCCUGGCUCUCACUCUGCCGGCCCUUUUGAUAGCCGUGCUGCCGAGGCUGCCUUCCAGUCUGCCUCCAACGGCCCUGCAUCUGCCGGCCCCUCGAACAACUUUUACUCGCAAAACGAGAACGAUCCUUUUGCAUUCCUCUCCAGUGGCAUCGGAGGACUUUCCGUCAGCGGCGGAGAUGCCCGUCAAAACGGAGGAGCCGCCCCGCCGAGCAAGUCUCCUGCUUAA